UCAGCUGACUUUGUCACGUGAUCUGAGUUCCGGAGCUAGCUUAACCGCUUUGGAGCGAGUCGUCUCUCAGCGAAAAUGUUCUCCGAUUUACAGGAAAACAUCGUAAAAGAUGAGUGAAGCCUUGGCGCUCCCCGGCUCCACGCCGACGGAAGGACCUCCUCAUCAGAGACUGUAGAGCGGUGGAGAGUCUCAGCCGGGGCGAUCAUGCAUCCCUUCGGCCGCGAGGCGGAGACGUCCCUUCAAGACCUGUUCAAGUACUUCCAGAGGGCCCUGCAGCUCGGCGAGUGGGAGCUGGCGAGCGCCUGUGUCCCACAGCUGAUCAGCUCCUCAGGAGGCCUUUCUGAGAAACUGAAGGACAUAAUCAAAGCUGUCAUCUGCCAUCCUCACAGUUUAAGAUGGGAGUCCGUUGGCAGUCCGCACAGGCUGGCGUGGUUUUGGCUCCAGGUCUUGGAAAAAUGGACAGAAGAGAAGAUUCCUCCCCAGACCAGACGAGAGUUGGAGUUUCUGCUGCUCCUGGAGAAACUGAGCUCAGAGGGGAUACCAGAGACCCUCCUCCAGGAUCUACAUCAGGCUUUCUCUGCCUUGCCGUCAUGCAGCGGCGGUGCGGUUGCUGCUGCGGAGUCGUGUCUGCAGACUCUGUUGCAGAAGAAGAAGCCCAGACUUGCUCAGACGUUAGCAGAGUUUCUGCAGGAUCAGUCGGGCCCUGAAGGCAUCACUCUGCAGCACAUAUUCAUCCAACACCUGAUGAGGAAGCUGCAAAGGCCUGAAAAGAUACCAGAGGGGGAGGAGGAGGAGUGGGCGGAGGACAUCUACGCCGUGCUGGCUCUGAUGCCGUGGAGGUCCUGCGGCGGCGGCCAGCUGGAGGCGCUGUUCGAAGCCCUGUGGGCCGCCAGGGCCGGCCCCCUGAAAGAGGAGAGGAUCCUCGGCUGCUUGAUUCGGCCGCGGUGUCGCAGUCUGGUCUCGAUGUACUGCAGCGCGGCGGUGGGGCUGCAGAGGGACCUCCUGCUGAGGAGCUCGCCUCCAACGCAAGCUGACCUUCCAGAAGCAGAGAAACUGGCUCUCAGUCUGUGCUGUCACCACGAUCGCCCUACUGCCUGGAAGACCAUCUUCUUCGAGUGCCUCAGCAGCGGAAAGCACUUCCUGGAGCAGGUCUUGGUGACUGCGCUGGACCUGAUCAAACACCAGGAGUUUGCUGAGCUGCAGGCUCUGCUGCGGCUGGAGUUCCAGCCGCUGUCGCGCCUCCUGCUGCUGCUGGGGUGGACUCAGAGCCGCAGCCUGGACUCGGCUCGGACUCUCCUCAGGAUCCUCCACCAGGAGCAGGCUGCAGCCGAUGACUCCGUGCUGCAGGAGUUUGCCGAUCUUCUGUCCUCUCAGCUCGAGAUCCUUGAAUGGUGUAAAAACAGCAACCCGGGCGUUUCCAUGGAGGCUUUGCUGUUGCAGCUUCACACUCUGGACAACCACUCUGCUCUCUACAUCCUCCACUCCCUGACUCCUCUGACCCACUUUGAGGAACGGCGGAUAUUAGAGCUGCUGCAGCAGCCGCCAACCGCGCCCAAAACAGCAGGACACCCCGGUGCCGCCCCACAUCUGAGCCUGGCCGCGCACAGGAACGUCCUCCUGUUCCAGGGCUUCUGUGCCAUGAAGUAUGCCGUCUACGCCGUGUGUGUGAACGCACACCGACACUCCAGCUGCAGUGAGUGUGCGUCUGUGCUGCAUCAGCUGCUUCCAGACGCAGGAAUGGACCGCGACAGGACGUCCUCAGAAGGUCUCCAUUUACUGUUUCAGCACUACCUGUCGGAGUGCCAGCUCUACCUGGAGGCGACUCCUGCCAUAUUUCGCCUGGAGCUCCUGGAGAACAUCUUCUCCCUACUCUUCCUCUCCUCCUGGGACUUCCAGUCUGUCUCUGAAAGCUCAUCAAGCACGGCAGAUGCAGGAGCGGAAGUCGGUCAGACUGAACUCGGAUGCUGGGAGAAGCAGAAGCCUCCCCUUGUGGCGACCCACUGGGGUCACCUUGAGCUGGAACACUUCAUCCGGGGCUGCAGGGGGUUCUUGGUGGAUGUGACGGCCAUGGAGGGCUUCCUGAAGCUGUUGAAGAAAGCCUUGGAGGACAUGAGUGCAGCGGGAGAGCGAGAGGGUCACGAUGGCGGCGGGGCGGGGCCUCAGGAAGCCGAGGCGGCUAGUCUGGGCUGCUCUGUGACUCCUGAGACGUUCGAGUCCCGCCGCCAGGGACUGUCCAAACGCAUCGCUGAGGCUCAGUGGAGGCUGCAGAUCGUCACCAGCAACCAGGGCGUGGCCGACGGUUCAGAAAACGCCACGCCCGUGUCGGGACUGGAUUCUGCUCCUCCCCCUCUGGGACGCAGCAGGAGCUCCAGUCAGAGGAGGAGGAGGAAAGUUUCGCGGCUCGCCGCUGAGCGGCAGACGUCCACAGAGCAGCCCGCCGGGGACCUGGACGCCUCAGAUGGUGCUGGGGGGGCGGAGCCUUGCCCCUGCGGGGGUUCUCACAACUGGCUGGUCCCCGCCAUGCUGGCCCCCCCGGAGUCGCUGCUGAUUUCCUGCAUCCGCCGAGAGAACUUCAUGGAAGCACAUCAGGUGUCGGCGGUUCUGGGUCUCGGCGCGACGGCCUGCAGCGGCGAGCUGGCCUUCAUGGAGCGCUACAAAGAAGUGCUGGUGGAGUUGGGACGGGUGGAGCAGAAGAUGGAGAGCCAGUCCAUGUCGUCCUCGUCGUCUUCGUCGGAGGGUUUGGGCUCGGCGGCUGGGAGCGGCGGUGGGCGGAGCCGGCUGGGGAGCAGCGGCCGGUCCACGCUGCAGGCCAUCGGGAGCGCCGCCGCUGCAGGAGUGGCUUUCUACUCCAUCUCAGACAUCGCAGAGCGCCUCCUCAGCACCCCCGCUCACCCCCUGCCCUCCCUGGAGGAGGGCUACUGGCUGAGCGGCUGCUCUCCGGACCCGCCCGGACCGGUGUACGCGCUGCUGGAGGAGCUCAGCCCCGCGGCCAUGGCGGCCUUUGACCUGGCCUGUUGCCACUGUCAGCUGUGGAAGACGUCGCGGCAGCUGCUGGACACGGCGGAGCGCCGGCUCAACGCCAGCCUGGAGGCCCGAGGGAUUAGAGUGGACCCGAAGGCGGCGCGUCCUGAAGGAGUCAGCGGGUUCCCCGUGGUUUUGCAGAACAUCAGCAAGAUCCUGAAUCAUUCUGCAACUCACAAGGGUUCUGCUAAAGCAGAAGCCGCUGGCGAGGACGCGGCGUUUUCCAGCCCGUUCGGCUGCUGCGUCCAGGAAGUGCUGCAGUGCUGCCACCCCACGCUCAGCGAGGAGAGCAUCUCGGCCCGCCUCAGUCUGACUCAGCGUCUGGAAAGCAUCGUUCAGGUCCUGAGCGCCGCCACUGAUGCUGCAGAGGGAAAUGUGGGCGGCGCCCUCCUGGCGCUGCUGGUGGAGCAGGCCGGCCUGAGGCAGGCGGAGCUGGACGCCCAUCCCGUGCGCUCCAACAUGAAGCAGCUGCUCCGCACGCUGGAUCAGCUCUGUCCCUUCGAACCAGAGCUCGGCCGGCCGGAUUACGUGCGCAGCUUUGUGGACUACGUCAACACGCUGGCCUCGGUGUUGGUGCGCAGCCUCGGCCCUGAAGAUGAAACCAACAAGGUAAAGCUUGGAAAUCCGAUGCUGGUGUUGCUUCAAGCGCCAUUCCAGCUGGUCGCCCACCUUCUGUUUGAGAGACAGGUGUCUCCUGGCAGAGUCCAGUCCUUGCUGAAGCAGGAGGGGCUGUGCCUGAGCGUCCAGCAGGUGAUCGUGCAGAGGUGCUGCGAGGCUCUGCCCGUUUGGACUUCCUGUUCAGGCGAGGUCAGAGACUCCCUGAAGGACCAGGGAGCGUUCAGCGUCGCGGCGUUGUCCCUCCUGCUCCAUCAGCACGCCCGGCAUCUCAUGUCCGCUCUGGGAAUCUCAGAUCCUCGCUCCGAUGUGAGCUCAGAGUCCGAGCUCUCCGCGGACGAAUGCUCCACCACGCCCAGCAGCCUCUCCACAUCCCCGCCCUCUCAGUCAACGUCUUCCUCCUCCUCCUCCUCCUCCUCAAGUUCCUUUGUCCUCACGGCUUCGGCUCUGUCCUUCCUGAAGUCCUGCUCCCCUCUACUGGCUGCGCUGUCGUGCUUGAGCGCCUGCAGAGGAGAAACCGCCAAAGCCCAGUCGUCGGGAUGGUCCGGAUACUUCCGCAGCGUCCGGAAAGAUGUGGCCCUCGACGGCGAGCAGCUUUUCCGAGAAGCUGACGGUCUCCUGAAAGAGUUCCCUGUCCUGCAGGCUUACCUCCAAACCAUGGUUGAGCCGCUCCUGGACUCCACCUGUGAAGGAGAAGCUUCUGCUGGACUCGGAGCCUUGAUCUGUGGGAAACCAAUCGUCAGCCUCCUCCUGUCUGGGCCUCAAGAGGAGGUGACACAGGCUCUGGCGGCGGAGGCCUUUGAGAAAUCCCUCAUCUCCAGAGACCUGAGUCGAGCUCUGCGUCUGAUGGAGCUGUACGGACAUGACUCCAGCCAGGAGGGGGCGCUCCGAGACCGCCUGCUGGCGUGCUCGGCCUUAGAAGAUGGAGAUGAAGGUCCAGCUCAGCUGUUCAGAGUGAGGGACCCCAACCUGCGAGCCCGGGUCACGCUCCGGGCCCUGGAGCAGUGGCCCCUGUCCGCCUGCCUGGAGCUGAUGGAGUUCUGCCUGAACGAUCAGGACACAGAAAGCGAGCUGAGAACGGAGCUGGAGCUCCGGCAGAAGGAGCUGAGCGUUUACCACCAGAUGAUGAGUUUACAGCCGCCCCCACCCGGGUCAACGUGGCAGGAGCUGAGGGCGGAGUCCAAAGCAAACCCAGAGGCCGUACUAUCCAUCCUCCUGGAGACCAAAGAGUUUGCCCUGUGUGAGCAGUGGGCGGAGCUUCAUCCGGUGUCAGAGCAGCUGAGGCUGCAGCUGCAGACGGAGCAUCUCCUCCAUCUGCUGGAGAAAGGAGAGACGAACGAGGCUUUUCAGCUCCUUGAAGGCAUCACCGACUCAGCGGGUCUGGAUGUUUGUGAGCGCGCUCUGGAUCGCCGCCCCGGGUUGGCGGCGUGCCACUUCCUGUCUGACUACCUGACCGUCCACUUUCAGAGACAGGUGUCUCCGGCACGCCGACGGCACAUCGAAGCUCUCCACCUGGGAUCAAAGGUGCUGCUGACUCUGCCCCCCGCUGCCAGGCAGGACUACUUCCCCCUGCUGUCGGAGCCCCUGCUGAUUCUGGAGCAGCUCCUGAUCAACCUGAAGGUGGACUGGGCCGAGGUGGCGGUGCGGACCCUGCGCGGCCUGCUGGUUGGUCAGGAGGCGGGUUUCGGAGCGGACGACAUAGAUAAGCUGCUGGCGGACUAUGCCGGCAAGGCCCUGGACUUCUCCUGCGCUCCCAGAGAGAGGUCGCGCUCCGACUCCGUCGUCAGCCUGCAGGAUUCCCUGCUGCCGUGCCCGGCUCACGACACCAGCUCCCACUCAUCGGGGCAGAUGGAGUCUCCGGCGUCGUCUUCACACAGCACCCCCACCCACUCCGCCUCCACCAACAGCUCGGACCGCGGCUCUGUUGGCCGGAAGCGGCUCUCCGUGGCCAAGUUCCAGCCGCCGGAUCGGCCGCCGGCCCAGAAAGACUGGGUCCCCGACUCUCAGCGGGACUUGUGCAUGGUGUGCCGGCGGGAGAGGUUUACGAUGUUCAACAGGCGCCAUCACUGCCGGAGAUGCGGCCGUCUGGUUUGUCAGGCGUGCUCCGAGCGCCGGAUGUUUGUUGACGGGUUUCCAGGGGAGGAGGUCCGAGUCUGCGAUCAGUGUCACUCCUUCUUUCACCCAGAGUCUGAAGAUGAGCUGGACUCCCCUGAAGGGGUUGGAGGCUCUGCAGAAACGCCGCAGGACCUGGAUGGGAUGCUCCACCUCCCCGAGGUGGUCCAUCGACGCUUCCAGCUCAGCACCAACCCCGCCGAGAACCAGCUGCUGCGCAGCGGGUUCUACUACGAGCAGGCUCCCAGUGCGCACCUCUGCGUGGCCAUCCUGUCCCUGCACAGCGACCAGACCGCCUGUGGGCACCAGCUCAUCGGCCACUGCCGCUCUCUGUCCCGUAAGCUGACCAACCCGGAGGUAGACGCCGGGCUCCUCACCGACGUGAUGCGGCGGCUGCUGUUCAGCGCCAAGCUGAUGUUCGUCAAAGUCAGCCGCAGUCAGGACCUGGCUCUGUGCGACAGUUACAUCAGUAAAGUGGACGUGCUGAAGAUUCUGGUGACGGCUAGUUACAAAUAUAUUCCUUCUCUGGACGACAUCCUGGAGACGGCGGCAGUCGCGCGUCUCCGUAACCAGCUGCUGGAGGCCGAACAUUACCAGCUGGCAGUGGAGGUGUCCACCAAGAGCGGCCUGGACCCCGCCGGCGUGUGGCAGGCGUGGGCCACGGCGUCUCUGAAGGCCGGGAACCUUACAGCGGCGAGGGAGAAGUUCGCUCGCUGCUUGAAGGCUCCGGUGGACCGAAACCAGCUGAGCCUGGGUCCUCCUCUGCUGCAGGAGGUCGUCCAGCAUCUGGAGAGCAACCUGCAGCCUUCUCAGGCGACGCAGUCUUGUGGAGAAGACAUUCUGGCGUCCCUUCGAGAGCUGGAGGGGGCUCUGAAGGAGUCUGCGCCUGUCGAGCGGCACGACCACGCGGCGGCGAGCGGCGGCCUCAACCCGGAGUGCCUCUACUACCUGAGCGCAUACGGCACUCACCUGGCUCUCGUCAGCUUCUACAUGCGGCACAACUGCGUGACGGAGGCCUUAACGUACCUCAUCAAUAAGGACUGUCCGGAGGAGGUGUUUGUGGAGGGGGUGCUGCAGCCCAGUCUGGAGCGGGGGCGGCUCGGCGUGCUGCAGGGAAUCAUGGAGAAGCUGGACCCCGGCCUGGAUUCCUGCGUCCGCUACCUCAUCGCCUCGUGUCAGUUCCUGCAACGCCGCAGCUUCUACCACUGUCUGUACCAGCUGCAGCAGUUCAUGAUGGAUCACGUGCGAGCCGCCAUGACCUGCAUCCGGUUCUUCACUCACGGAGCCGCUUCCUACGUCCAGCUCGGGGCGCAGCAGCAGCGGUGGUUGGUGAAAGCCAAAGAGCACCUAAAGACGUACCUGCAGGAGCAGCAGGGUCGUGGUGCCGGGAGGAAAAGGUCGUCCGUCAACUCCUUCAGGAAGACGAUGUCCUCCAGCGAUGUGUCCAGACACAUGAACACCAUCGAGCUGCAGCUGGAAGUCACCCGCUUUCUUCACCGCUGUGAGACCGCCGCGGCGUCCAAGUCUGCGCCCACCAGCCCACCUUCCACCAAGCCCUCCGCUUCACUGCCCACUCUGUUUGGAGGAACCCCCAUGAAGGUGGAGGUGGCUUGCAAGGUGAUGCUUGGAGGGAAAAACAUAGAAGAAGGCUUCGGCAUCGCCUACAGAGUCAUCCAGGACUUCCAGCUGGACGCCCCGGCGGUGUAUGUCCGGGCGGGGCAGAGGCUCAUCCGGCAGCGGCAGUUUGCCUCCGUGCGGCAGCUGCUGAAAUGCGUGGGAGAGUCCGGCUCUGCCACCAAGAGCGACUGCGACGCGCUGCUCCUCAGCUGCGUCGCUGCCGCAGACAAGGCGCCGGCAGACGCUAAAGAGCUGGAGAGUCUUGUUCUGGAGAUAAAGAGCUCGGAAAACAAGAUCAAAGCCUACCUGCUGUGCAGUAAGCUGAGGCCGGCGUACCUGCUGGCGGUGAAACUGGAGCCGGGCCAGGCCGGGCCUCUGGUCCAGGAGGUCCUCCAGGCAGCAGAGGAGGCGCAGGACUCGGUGAUGCAGAACAUCUGCAGGCAGUGGCUCUCCGAGCACAGCAAGUCGUCUCGCCAGGGCCGACCCAACGGCAGGUAAAGGGCGAGGUGAGGGUUCUGUUUCAAUGUGAAGACGCCCUCCACUGCCUAAACACGCUUUCACCUCCUUAUGGAGAGUAACACAACUAACGAGCGAAAAGGAAAAGUCAUGGCCAAGAUUCUGCUUCAUGGGAAACCAUGCAGCCGUCUGUCGUUUGUUUCUGCUGCGGGAAAUCCUUUUAUUCCUGAAAAACUGUUUACCUCCACAAAAGGUGCAUGCUAGUGAGUUAGGAGUCCAUGAAGGAAAAGUAACGUCGCCUGCGGCGUUUUGGAAAACCUGGAAAUGUAUGAAUUGUCCUGAGUGCAGAACUCAAAGCUUCUGUGAAGCUGAGAAUCACCGCAGUGCUUUAUUUUGAACUCUGACCUGCCAUAUUUGAGACAUCCUUUGGUCAGAUGGGUCUCCUACCUCAGCCUGAAGGAGGAGAUCUUAAUCUGCAAAGUUCCUGACAAACCGGAUGUCUGAAGCUGUCAUGUCUUUGUUGUUACAAACCCGAACGCUCAUCUGGUUUCCUGCACAAAUCCACUUUUAAAAACUGAAUACUUGUGAAGGAUUUGAAUACAGUGAACUCCUCUGUGGGAGCUUCUUCUGCUCCAUCCACCCCAGAAGAACCGCCGUCAAUCCCGCCGGGUUUAAUAAAGGGAAGCUGACAAUCGCUGCUGCCUCCGCCGGUCUGAACCCCCGUGUCUGUGCUGACGCGUCCCUCUGCUGCACUCGUUUUUUUCUGGGACACGUUUUCCUGUAGGAUUCGGUGCAAACGGGAGACGACGCUCCCGAACUCUCAUCACUGCCGCACUUUAUACUAAAAGAGAAAGCUGUGGGAAAACGACGCAAAGACGGCCAGAUUUCAACCACGUUUCCUUAAUCGCCUGUGACAUAACGAUAAAAUAAAACCUUUGCCAUACUGACA